AAACAACUCGACUAAAACUCUAAAAAUACACAAUUUUAAUACCAGUGCAAGUUGCUAGAUCGACCAAAGGAAAAUACUCUCUGUGAAUUAUAAACUUUUAAAAUAUAAACGUCACUAUUGAAAAUGUGAAUCUAGUGAAAGUAAGCUUUCUAAUAAAUUUUGUACUGAGAUGUCGGCAAUUAGUCAUAAACCUACAUGAAUUUCAGUGAGAAGGUAAUGCGAGGAAAAAAGAAGUUGUAUUUGCUAGUAGUGACGCUGGCAUUAGGAUAUGUGUCUGGUGAGAUCACUUGCCGGCGCGGAGUCACCUGGUGGGAUCGGGAACGCGCCUCCUGCGUCUCCUGCACUCGGUGCGAUCCAGCAAAGCGCCUCGCUGUUAUGUAUCCCUGCGAGCUGCACAGAGACACCAUUUGCCAACCCUAUUAUCGGAUACAAUUCUUUCCGUUCAAAAAAAUCAACACGAACUCUAAUGACAGUGGUUCCAAUGUAUCCAGGGAUUUUGAAUACGAUUAUGUGGACUACGAGAGUGAAGUGAUAAAUGAUAGUGAGCACGAAGGUCGAUGGGACCUCCAGGUUUCUGGUGUGACGAUAGCGGCUAGUGGUUGUGUAGUUUUUUUUUUAGUAGUGCUUUAUUUCUCACUCACUCAUGCAAGGCAGUGGAGGGUGCUGAAGGAAACGCUCCAAUCAGGUCCAGCAACUACAAAGAAAGGUUUAGGCAACGUGUACACUCAAGAGAAACAACCUUCUUAACUUCUACUGACAACGGACUUCUUCAGCUAGUUGCUUAAGAACUAAUUUUCAGAACCUCGCCAAUGAGAUUAUAAAUUAUUAACCGAUUAAAUUAUACUUUUCUUACGAAUAAAUCUGUAUUACAGUCUUCUGUUACGAUGUAAUAGUUUUACUAAUUGAUAGUUUUAAGAGGGCGCGUACUUUGGUCCACUAUUAUUCCGAUUCUAGGUUUAUGGUAUAUGUUGAGAUUCAUAAUUAGAGCGGUAAAAUACUUUGCGAUUGUCGAGAUUAUUUGCGUAUUUCAUUCCACUACAUUAUGUAUACUUGCAGCGUCAGUGUUUUAUGAACUAUACUAAAAUAAAUUUGGUAUGUUCAAAGAAUGAGCUUCUAGAACUAACAGGGUGUCCACUCUAAAUGUCAAAAAAAAAUCCCUGACUUUUCCCUGACCAUUCAUCAAAAUUUACCUGACCAAUAGUGUCUUUUGAAAUUAAAAACUUUAAAGUAAAAUCAGCUACUACUUGUCUACUACCAACAAAACAUUCGCACACACACAUACAUUCUUUCAUAUAUCUCCCUCAUUCUUAAUUUCCUAACAGCUAACUACCAAUUUAGAUAUCUCUUAGUCCCGAUUUAGAUAUCAAGUUUUGUUUUUCAGUACACUUUGCUUCUUUUAGGAGUAGUUUCGCUUCAAAGACAAUGUGAACAUUUAAAAAAAAAAGAAUUUUUUUAAGAAUUCCAAAAAUUAUAUUCUCUUUUUUUGAAGUCUGAAGCUGCCGUUUCAUGGCAUGUUUAUUUUAUGAACACUACUUUUUACCAGAUUUUAAAUGAAAAGGACCACCACCCAAGGCCCUGACGGCAAACAUCGUAAUCAAAUCGAUUACAAUAUGAUCAGACCUAGAUGAAGAAGCUCAGUAUUCAAUGCCCACACCUUGCCGGGAGCAGAUUGUUUGUUCGAUCAUCAGCUGUUAAUCUGCGACCUGAAACUUGAAUUGCGCAACUGCAUUUCUAUAAAAAUACCAAGACAUAUUGAGUUUACGGACGGAGAGGCUUUCUGCAGGACCCUGCAGAAUGUAAAGCAUACUUGCAUAAACGAAUCUGCCGCCUGCGAAGGUAAACUGGAGUUACUUUGGCAAUUAACCAAAAGAACUAUUAAAUCAGACGAACUCACCCAGUUUAAACUGAAGAAUACAAGGCACUGGAUAUCUGAUGAAAUUUGGCUUCUCUUAGAAAAGUGUUGCAAAGAAAAAUCGAGUGGAGCCACUAAAUCUGCUCGGUUCUGAAAUUCAAACCGCUUGUAGGAAGCUCAUGUAACUUGACACACAGAAAUGAAAAAGCACUCUCAGAAAUUUGAGACUAGGAACUUCUGUAUGAAAAUAAGAACUCUUAAGAACCAAUUUCAGCCAAAGAUAUGGGCGAUAGAGAACUCUGCUGCUAAUACUAUCACAGAAAUUAAUCAUUGGAUUGUUAAGGCUUGUAAGAAGUCCUGUAGGUCCUUGUUUCGGAAUAAACAAAGAUCAUUGGCUUUUUAAUUUGAUAAUUCAACACUAACAGAAAAGGCGCCUUCCUUAUUGAAGUCAGAAGUAGAUUUAAUUUAAUAGUAGAUGUUAAUGUCGAUAUAUUACACUCGCAUCUGUUUACAAAUAUUGAAUACGGGAGAAUGUGCAAACGAGUGGUCAUUCCUUAUUCAUCCCACUUCACAAAAUGAGCACAGUUAAAAUUGUAAUAAUUUCCGUCUAAUAUCGUUGACAUCCCACGCUAGCAAGGUGCUUCUUCGAAUUCUGAAUGUGAGCUUACAGGACCGUGAGAUUGUUCAAGCACAGGCGCUGGUCUUGUCAAGAGAAAGCGUACACGCGAGCAGAUUCUUAACCUAAAAGACGUCAUAGAGAAAUCAUGUGAAUUCAAUAAACCGCUGUUUAUUCGCUUUGUGGAUUUUAGGAAAUCUUUUCACGAAGAUUUGGAAACAUUGCCGCAUAACUAAAAACACAAAGGUUCGCUUAAUGAGAUGGCUAGUGUUUCCUAUCCUAUUGUAUGGAGCUGAAACAUUGAUGAUAACUACUAGUGAGAGCUAAUGAAAGUAGACUGAAUUAAAUAAUAUGCUUCAAUUAUUAUAUUUAAUCAAUUUUGCAUUUACAAUGCUAUACAGAAAAACAAAACUUAAUGAAAAAUGCUUCAAAACCCACCUUAUGCAAUCUGAAAUAGGACUCGAACUCGUCAUGAGUUAAAUGUUUCGCUAAAUAUUUGUAAAAAUAUUGAUUUUGGCUGUUUGGGUGGAUUGCCUGAACAUUGUUGAAAAUACGCUCUGUAGUAGCGAACAAGUUACAAGUGCUUGAAAAAUUCGUCAGUCCAGCUCAGUGGUUACAGUAGUCGUCCGGAUUGCGAAAGGUCAAAGGGUUCGAGUCCCAAUAUUAGAGUGCCAGGGACAAAGUGGAUUUUUAAGCAUUUUUCAUUAAAAAUGAUGUUAUUUAUUUAGAAAACACACUGAUCACACUGACCUCACCAUCCUACAAGAAUUACCUACAUAUCAAAUAAAGACUUCCGUCGAUUGCACAAAUGUGUACCUAUUCUUAAAAUGUUUGGAUAUAAUACUCGUAAUGAGAGCUAAUUGGAACGUUUGAUAUACGAGGAAAAGUGUGGAGGGCCAGUGUUCUUCAAAACAUCAAUGAAUUGUUCUCUUUUUGACUGUAAACGUAGUGCUGCAAUAGAGAUAGAGACAUCUCGCAAAAGCGUCAACAAACUAACCGGACGAUCCAUGACCACGACCACCCCGCCAGAAGUAUACGAGAAGAAAAAGAAGAGUUCGAGAAGUAUCAUCGUCAUCAACAACCGUACGACUGGCGGAGGGGACUACGCACUGAGUAUCGUCUGGUAUGUCGACAUUCUAAAACCUUUCCAUCGGUCAUCGGUAUGUCCCGCUCACUGCCACUUCAGCUGAGCAAUUCUUAGUGCAAUAUCAGCAAUGUUGGUGAAGAAACACUAUGCAUUGCUCUCUACAUUUAUCGCUGGGUGAUCUGCUUGAUUAUAAUACCCAUAAUGAACGACCACGUUUCGCUUGCGUAAGUCAUCUUGGCAACACACGCUGGAUGAAUAUUUUUGUUGAGACACUUGAGAGACACUGAGGUAAUUUGGACGCAAAGACGUUUAGUAGCUUCACGAACGCGUUCCAUCCUUUUUGGAUUCGACGAGAAAUCUCGUUCUCGUGACGAACAGAAACUUUUGGGGUUGUUGGGUGGGGCAUUACCACACUGGUUUGAGAAUUGUGCAGUCAUCGGUCGGAGCAUAAAAACAAAUAAUACUCCGAAUUAAAAAAGUCAGGUCUUAAAUCACAAUUUGAAUUGAAUAUAUUUCAUCAUCAACAUACAACAAACACACAAUCAUUGUAAUAACAAAAAUUUAUAAAGAUCUUUUAUCUCUUUCCUGACUUUAGGGUUGACCUGAAUUUUUCAGACUUUCACGGACUACAUUUUACUUUCCUGACUUUUUCAUGGCUUUCCCCGAUUUUCCAGAAAGUGGACAUCCUAAACAUAGUAUACAAGUAAUAACAUGGAGCUUUCAGACUGAAGUCAGCUCAGUAGCGCCACAUUAUUUCUAAUUAUAUCAAAAAGCAUUUAUUUUAGCCAUUUAACGCCGUUAUGUCCCAGACUGAAAAAUAAGUUUCAUCAUAUACCUAUAUAAUUGUUUGACAUGUAUAUAUGGUUCAAAUCCUAGUGGACGAAUUGGGAAAUAAAAAUUAAACAACUUC